AGCGGGCUGGGCGGUUGGGGGGUGCCGCGCUGCCGAGAUGGGUAACACAGUCGCCAGAGAGGAUUUCGAGUGGGUCUACACGGACCAGCCUCAUGCCGACCGCCGCAAGGAGAUCCUGGCUAAACAUCCAGAGAUAAAAGCAUUGAUGAAGCCAGACUACAACUUGAUCUGGGUGGUUGUGCUGAUGGUUCUUGCGCAGUUGACUGCAUUUUAUCUAGUUAAAGACUUGGACUGGAAAUGGGUAACCUUCUGGGCAUAUGUUUUUGGGAGCUGUAUCAGCCACUCCAUGACUCUGGCUAUUCAUGAGAUUUCUCACAACAGUGCCUUUGGCAACAGCAAAGCAAUGUGGAAUCGAUGGUUUGGAAUAUUUGCCAACCUCCCUCUUGGCCUCCCAUAUUCCGUAUCCUUCAAGAGAUACCACAUGGAUCAUCAUCGUUACUUAGGAGGUGACGGAAUUGACGUGGACAUUCCUACCAACUUUGAAGGCUGGUUUUUCUGCACCCCUUUUAGGAAGUUCAUAUGGAUUGUUCUUCAGCCUUUUUUCUAUGCGAUUAGACCUCUCUGCAUCAAUCCCAAACCCAUUACUCGACUUGAAAUAAUCAAUUUGUUGGCUCAGCUUUCCUUUGAUGUUCUGAUAUAUUAUUUAUGGGGAGUCAGAUCCACUUUUUACAUGCUUGCUGGUUCAUUACUUGGACUUGGGUUGCACCCAAUUUCAGGACACUUCAUAGCUGAACAUUACAUGUUUUUAAAAGGACAUGAGACUUAUUCCUACUAUGGGCCACUUAAUUUGCUCACUUUUAAUGUUGGCUAUCACAAUGAACAUCAUGACUUCCCCAAUAUUCCUGGCAAGAGCCUUCCACUGGUGAAGAAAAUAGCAGCUGAAUACUAUGACAACCUGCCACAAUAUAACUCUUGGAUAAAAGUACUGUAUGACUUCGUGAUGGAUGACACAAUCAGCCCAUAUUCACGCAUGAAAAGGCAAUUAAAGGGUGAAGUGAAGCAAGAUUAAACUUCCGGCAACCAAAAAAACUUUGAAAAGUCUGCUUGCUUAAAGUGGCUGGUAUAAGGUCUCUUGCUAAAGCUCUUCACAGGUGUCCUGAAUUAAGAUCUACAGCAACAUAGCAAUGCAUCCUUAAGGAUUUUGUAGCAGACUCCUAUGAGCUGUAACAUUCCUCACAGUCCUCAGAUUCAUUGGUUUAAUGUGUCUAUGUUUGCCUAAGGAUCAGUGUUAUAUGCAUAAUGCUAAAUCACUUUGUUACAGAAUUUACUUUGGCAGGUGUUAAAUCUCUAAAAUAUCUGUCUGACUCAAUAUUUUAAAAGUUCUCAAUGUAGUACACUGCCCACAUAUGCUGUUUAGAUGACUGUAGUGUUAAAAUGCUGUACUUACCCUGUUAAUUCUAAACUAAUGUGAUUUGUUAACUUAAACCUUCUGUUGAACCUGUUUCCUAACUUGUGGGUGGAAGAACUAAAUUUGCACAGAAAUGUUAAGUCUGCUUUUGUUUAAAUAUGUAAUGUGUCAUUUGAAGCAUUGCUUUAAAGUUCUACCUUUUCGACUGAAAGUACCUUGAAGGGGCAAUCUAUCAGAAUGAAACUGGCAUCUUCGAGAUAGCUUGUGUAACUUCCUUGUAAAAAGGUGGGGAAUUCAAGGGUAUUGCCAGCUUUGUGGGUCCUAGCUUACUGCCUAAGCUGCUUGUGUUAGCAUAUAGCUUGAGCAGCUAGCAUUUAGAAACGUAUUGUGUAAGCCACUCAGUAACUUCAUAUAACUGAUUAGGUUUUUCAUAUGGGAAAAAUCUUGUUACAGUUUGGGGGUUUUCUGAUCUGCAAAGAAAAAUGAUUAGACUUGUCCUAGUUGGUUCUGCUGUUACCAUGGUUUUAAAUGCUCAAUCUAUAAAUAUUUACACUCAUUUGGAAAUCUGGCUUGUAUGGAAAACUGAAUCAAUUGAAGCAGAUACUGUUCUGGCAAACAAGGCUAGCUACAACCACUGACAGCUCUACCUUACCUAUACUAAGUCAUUUGUAUACACAGAAAAUGAUCUUGAUUUCCGCCCCCCUCCUGCCCCAAACCUACAGUACCCUACAUAAACACUUGUCUGUCUUACAUACUAAAAUGUGGUGAGAGCACAGGUGGUGAUAUCAAACUUCCUAAGAAGUUUUUAAAUUGGGAACAGAGAAUGGAUAGAUGUGCUGAACACUGAAGAACCUCUACAUACCUCAGCACAGUGUAUUUGCCUUCUAUCAUCUAAUGCAUUGAUGAUGGCUUUAAGCUGUCAAAGAUGGCUACAAAUCACCCUUAAAUCUCAAAUGGUGAUCCUAUGGUAUGUUCUUCACUUAUCUGAAAGAUGCAAUCUGAAGGUGGAAGUCUUAGCUGCUGUCCACACUGGUCUGCUGUAAGUAACUAACUUAAUUUUUAGAUGCCUUCAACUCCUGCAUUUUGGUUUUUUUGGAAGAAGCUGAGCUUGACAAGAAUGUAUUGGUAUAUCUUAACCCUUGCUUGCUUGCAGUCCUGUUUUUAAUGUGUGUUUUGUUUAAGUGGAGGCCCUUAUCUGUGGUUAAGCAAUAGAAAUGGUAUGAAAGUGUGCCAACCACUUAAAGUGACUUCAUUAUGAUGCCAGUAACAUGCUAGCUAGCCAGUAUAUUGCUCAGGGUAGAGUAUAAUGUCAAAAUAUACUUUAUCCAGUAUUUUAACAUUUAAUUAAAAAGGAGAGAUUAAAGUAAUAUUGGGUGAAUUUUUGACUGGUCCCCUUACGCUGAAGGACUUAAGCUUUAGAGAAAUUUGGUAUUUUUAAAGCAGAUGCAAGACCUGUUCUAUUGAGUGGUGGUAUAGAUGAACUGUAAAGAAUCAUUGCCUUUCCUUUCUACUCAGAAGAAAACUGACUUUGGUUGAAAGACUUGAAUAGGCUUAACAAGUUGCAGAACAGUUUAUUUUUAAGCCACUUCUGCAUGACUGCUCAAUUUAAGAAGCGAAAGGUAGAAUUAAAUCUCUUUGUCUGAUGGCUUACCAUAGCUGGAUGAAGGAUUGAAAGUGCCUCCAAAAAGUUUUAUGGCUAAAAGCUAAAGUUAAGAAAUUCAGUUAUCCUAGAUGAAUACAUAAGAGAACCAAAGUUCAGAGUCAAAAUUUUAUACUUGGGCUUAGUUACCUACUUCCUGGAAUCACUGAUGCUCCUUACUGUCCUCCCAGUGGGUGGUGCAAGUGUGAAUUCCUGCUUUUAAACAGGACUGAAGUUGCCAUCUCUCUUGUUUAAAAUUGCAAAUGUUGCUUUAAGGUGUUCUGACUAUGAUCUUCCCUUCCAACUCUGAUUAUAAAUACACUAUUUUCACUUCAAGAGCUGCAGAAUAGUGGGGAGUUCUGAGGGAGAUAUCUAUGCUUGCCAUAAUCUUUCUGAAACAUCUACUGGCUGCCUAUUGGAGAACACCUACUGGACUAGGUUAAUCUGAGCCAGUGAGACUUAAGUUUGGAUCUAAACCAUGGUCUGAUUCUUGCAGGCGUUGGUAACUACCAUUCUUAGGCACAUAAUUCCUGUGUAACACACAAGAGGCCUUGGCAUCUAACUUAAGUAGUAGGGAUUUUGCCAGAAGCACAUAAUCUGAAAGUUAACCUAUAUUGUAGUAUAGUUUCAUCCCUGAAAAAGUUAGAAGCAUUUCUGAACCACUGGUAAAAGGAAUUAAGACUAGCUGGACUACUUGACUUGUGUCUGAUAUAUUCUAAAUGAAUAACUAUUUUCUCCAGUCAUAAUGUGGUGUUUAGUCCAAAGGCAUGGCAUAGAAAUAAGAAACAUUAAAUUUUUUUAAAUACA